ACUAUUGGAGAUACCUGAAGAAGGGCGCUGCAUCUGUUCGCAUUGUACUCAUAGUAUCUCUUUCUGUCUCUCACUUUCCCUGGGUUGGGUUGAGGAUUCUAUAUGAACAGUUUCUUCUUCUUCAACUUUUCUUGCGGUUCUCUCCCUCGCUCUUUGAUUAAUUCGUCGAAAUCUCGGAGGCUUGUUUAAGCCUAGGCCUAUCACUCUCUUACUCCUUGUUGCUUCUUCACUCUUUCUAUGUAAUGGCUGGAAAAAUUGUUCCUGUUGAACCUCCUACUCCUUUUGAGUAUGAGCUUUUUGAAGGUGAUCCUGAGCACCUUAUAACAGUUGUCGCCUCAUCAAACCAGUCAACACCUUGGAUUGAUCCUGCAAACUUGAAACUUAGACACAGAAUUGGGAGGGGUCCUUUUGGCGAUGUGUGGUUAGCUACUCAUUACCAAUCAACUGAAGAUUAUGAUCAGUGUCACGAAGUGGCUGUCAAGAUGUUACAUUCAGUGAAGGAGGAUCAUGUGAGAAUUCUUUUGGAUAAGUUUAAUGAUUUAUUUUUGAAGUGUAGAGGGACAGAAGGAGUGUCUUUGAUAUAUGGAAUUUCAAUUAUGAAUGGAAAGAUAUGCAUCAUUAUGAAAUUUUAUGAGGGAUCAAUUGGUGACAAAAUCGCUCGCCUUAAAGGAGGGAAGCUAUCAUUAGCUGAUGUUUUGAGGUAUGGGAUUCAGUUGGCUCAAGGAAUUUUAGAAUUGCAUGCGAAAGAGCUCCUAGUGCUUAGCCUUAAACCUUCAAAUUUCCUUCUGAAUGAAAACGAUCAUGCAGUUCUUGGAGAUGUUGGAAUUCCUUACCUAUUGCUUGGAAUUCCAUUGCCAAGCUCAGACAUGUCUCUCAGGCUUGGAACCCCAAACUACAUGGCUCCAGAACAGUGGCAGCCAGAAGUAAGAGGCCCACUGUCCUUGGAGACUGACUCAUGGGGAUUUGCAUGCAGCAUUCUGGAGAUGUUGACAGGCAUUCAGCCUUGGCGUGGGAGGGGAAUUGAAGAAAUUUAUGACUCAGUGGUCAGAAAACAAGAGAAACCACAAAUUCCUGAAGGCCUCCCUCCUUCAGUUGAAAAUAUUCUUCAAUGUUGCUUUGACUAUGACUUCAGGAAUCGGCCCCUAAUGAUAGACAUAUUGCGUGUAUUUAAAAGAUCACAAAAUACAGUUUAUGGUGACGGGAGUUGGAUAGGACUUGGGAGCAGAACAAUCUCAGAAAAAUCAAGUAGCACUGGUUACUCAGAGUGGUUUCUGUUGAAGGAUCAUCUGCAAAUGGGAGACACCGUGCGCUCUAGAAAACCGCCUAAUGCACGCAAGUCUGACAAUAUGGAUGUUCCAGAAGCAAUAGUAGUAGGCUUAGAACAUGAUGCAGAUCAAGAUGGUUUUGCUUUGGUGAGGGUCCUUGGUAUUCAUGACCCGUUGAGAGUUCCCGUUUCAAGCCUAGAGAGGGUCACUUUUGGUUUGACAGCUGGCGAUUGGGUACGUGUGAAGGAGGAAGACAAAAAGCACUCACCAGUGGGUAUUCUUCACUCUAUCAACCGUGAUGGAAGUGUGACUGUUGGAUUUAUAGGAAGGGAGACAUUUUGGAAAGGAAAUUCUUCAGAGCUUCAGAUGGCGAAAUCUUACUUUGUGGGUCAGUUUGUGAGGCUGAAAGCUAAUGUUCUUAGCCCUCGAUUUGAAUGGCCUCGUAAAAGGGGAGGGGCCUGGGCUACUGGGAAAAUUUGGAAAAUCCUGCCAAAUGGGUGCCUCCUUGUCAAGUUCCCAGGAAGAUUGACUUUUGGGGAGGAAUAUGACACUUUUUUGGCUGAUCCAGCUGAAGCUGAAAUAGUUUCUUUUGAUACUUGUCCAGGGGUGGUUGAUAAAUAUCAACAUCUUGAGGAUUUUCAUUGGGCUGUAAGACCGAUUCUCAUAGCAUUUGGUCUCUUCACCGCUUUGAAAAUAGGAUGUUUUGUGGGGAAGAAAAUAGGGAGGUCCAAAGGUAAGAAGCUACAUCUGCAGAAUGAUGAUCGACAGAGGGACAGCCAGAGUGGUGUUAAUAAUGGCAAACAGGCAUGGUUGCCACCCCCUGUGGCAAAUAUCCUUGGUGUGACAACUAGUGCAGCUCGGUAGUUAAGCUGUUUAAGUAUGCAAAUAUCCAUGCAUAUAGAAGUUAAUUAUAGCUAACGCAGGGCAAUUUAACCUACUGUUUCUGCUAAAUUAUUUACAUUCUGCCUGUUGAUAAAUAUAGCGUGCUUGUGCAGACUUUGCUUUCAAAAAAUUAUGCAUUCGUUUCACCGAUUGGGUUGAAUUCAAAAAAA